GCUAGAGCAAAACUUCUCAGUAACCAAAAAGAAGGUAUUUCUUCGCCGCGCAAAUAUUUCAUUCGUAGCGACAGCCGGUCGCACAUAUUCCUCAGACUGCCAAAAUGAAGAAGCAGUCUCUUGAGAUAGCGGGUUACGCAAUCCUCCCUGUUCAACUCCCCGAAACACGAGCGUUUCCAAAGCCUGCAACACAUUACCUCUACCUCCGGCCUCACGAACCUCGCAUUCCGGACGCCGAUUCUCCCCGUUCUCUUUUCGUCGUCAAUGUGCCGAUAGACACAACCGAGCUACAUCUGCGCCACCUGUUCGGUACGCAGCUCUCCGCGGGUCGAGUCGAAAAAGUUCAUUUCGAGGGAGUCCCGACAAAGAAAGGUUCCGUGUCCAUUACACAGGGAAGCGUCUCGAAAAGCAGGAAGCGAAAGAGGGUUACGACAGACGAACUGCAGGACCAACUCGACGACAUUUCGUUACCAUCAACAUGGGACAGGGAAUUGCAGAAGAGCGGUGCUCACGCCGUUGUGGUCUUCGCGGACAAGUCGAGCAUGGAAGCCAGUCUGAAAGCUGCGACCAAAGCCGCGAAGAAGGGCGCCAAGAUCGUUUGGGGUGAAGGCAUCGAGGAUAGAUUACCUGUGCUGGGACUCCAGCGGUAUCUCAACCAUUGUCAGGCCAGCUACCCGAAUCGGGCUGACCUGCUUCGCACGGUGAACGACUUCAUGACUGUGUUUACGCAGGUUGCGGAGGCCCGUAAGCGUGAGGAGACUCGCAGGGCUCAGGAGCCGGACGAGGAUGGAUUCAUUACUGUCACGAGUGGGCCGAAGCUUACGUCUAUUGCGCAUGAAGAAGAGGCUCGGGCACUUGUUGAGAAGCAGAAGAAGAAGCAGGAGGGUCUGGAGGACUUCUACCGGUUCCAGUCGCGUGAGAAGAGGAAGGAGAGGCAGAACCAGUUGCUGAAGAGGUUUGAUGAGGACCGGAAGAAAUUGGAAGAAAUGAAGAGACGCAAGGGGAAGAUUAGGCCUGAGUGAUGUCCCUUGUUCAAUAUGUUCGACAAAGUAUCUCGUUUAGCAUGGCGUUUAGGAUGGUUAGGCCCAAAAAAGUUUUUUAUUUUAAAAGAUAGAGAGGGUAAAGGAUUGAAGGUUAUUGAGUUCAUGUGGGUCAACCUUUCCAUAUUCUUUCAUCCCGUUUGACCCCAUUCAAUGAUGAGCACGCUGGGGCCAGAGUAGCAAGACUCAUUUCGAUGUCAUGCAAUGCCUUCAAAAACCAGCGAUAAAUGAAAUCUUCUCACCUCUGAAGAAUGGUGCCAUUUCACCAAAUUGCGCUUGUUCCUCAGCACACCCAUCGCAGUGGCUAACAUAAUUUAUCGAAAUAGAUCUAUACAACUCGAGGCUUUUCUGGUAAACAUUAG